AUGUUGGAUAGUUUAGUGGUGUGUUUCACGUUAAUAAGCGUGUCGCUAGGACAAGAUUCUUUUUUCCUGUUGUCCGGCCCACCUGGUAAUGUUAUAUACAAAAUAGAUAAAAGUUCAGGGACUUACACGGAUAUUCCCAUACUCCAACAACAGCCUUGCUCCGUACAGUAUGACAGAAAAACAGGGCGGAUCUUCUACAGUGCGACAGACCAGGUACAUAUCUACAGUACCAAGACGGACGGCUCAAAUUCUAAAGAGGAAGCGGAUACAGCAAACUAUCCCAAUGCAUUAGCUAUUGACGACUGUAGGAGAUAUAUUUUUGUGUCUUCCCAAUGGUUUGGGCCUAGUAUCAAACGGUUGCAAUUGGACGUGACCGACGGAACACAGGCUCAGAACCCACGUCUGAUCGACUUCUCCCAAAAUGUAACACAUAUGGCCACGGACCCGGCGACUGGGGUAUUAUUUCUGGGAUCUGAUAAAGGUGUAUACCAGUGCAGCUAUAACGGUACAGGAACACAGAUGCUUCUCAACAAUUCCGCCAGUAGUAAUGGAAUCACAUUUGACGAUACCCAUAUUUAUGCAAUACGUGGAAAUGUCAUUUGGAGGAUAAGUCGAACAUAUCAUGACGUCAAAAAGCUAUUCACCAUUUCCAAAAAGGAUAACCAGGCUGUUCAGGGUUUGGCCGCAGCAGGAGGUCAUCUGUACUUCACUUUAAAUUAUUGUAACCAAGGCCCUGCAACCCAAAAUUGUGAUACAUAUAUUUAUCGAGUGCAUAAAGACGGCACUCAGUAUGAAGCCUUCAGCCAGGUGAUUCGGACACCCUAUUGUUCCAUGCUUAAACUACUGUACGUUACACCAUUACAACAGAACGGAACAACCUCUUCACUGUGUCCGGCAGGUAUUAACGGCUUGCAUGUUGUGGAUGAUAAUUACAAAAGUGACUCUUCAGUUUCCAACAAUACCUUAGCGCUGUGUCUCAUCUUAAUACCACUGUCAUUGUUCUUGGCGGCUAUCGGAUUGUUCUUCUGUUGGAAAAAGGUGUUCAAGCUGGAAAUGGGAAGUGAUAGCGAUGCAGCAAUCAAUGAGACGCUUAACAGUGGACAAUAUAUGGAACUGACGGAGGAACAAAAGUUCUAA